CUUUUGCAAAGGGGAUGGAUUUGGUUUUGAUUUGUGGAGAUGGACAUCGAGUAAAAGAAAAUGGUCGUUAUUAGAAGGAUGGGAGUGUAGUAAGUAUAGAUAGUUUUCUCCUUUUCUUUUGACAUAAACCCAAAACAAAACCCAUCCCAAUCUCAAAACAACAUGCACUGUAGUUAGUUGUUGGAAUUUAUUGAGAAAUCAAAUCAACGGUAAGAAAAAAAGGAGACACAUUCUUUCUCAUUUCAUCAAACAUCAUCAUCCCAAAUGCAUUUGUAAUAAAAAAGCAGAGAGGUUGUCCUGCCUCUCUAAAUCAUCUGGAGGAGCUUGUUAUCAUCUUUCAUCUUUUGAUCUAGCUGAACAAUAGAAGGUGAAAGAAGAAAAAGAGAGAAAUAGGAAAAGAUUGUAAAUUUGGCAUAAAAAGGAAGAACAAAGGGGAGAAAAGAAGAGUUGGUUUGAUUUGAUUUGACCUUAUUUUUUUUGUUGAUACUUUUUUCUGAAAUGGGGUUUCUUGCAUCUGGGUUUUCGAUUUGAAGGUUAAAGGUUGGAUUCUUUUCACUUGAUUUGGAGGAGAGGAAGGGGAAAGAGAGAAAUCUCCCCUUCUUAUGUGGAAAAAUAAAGAAGGUUUUUGGGGUGGAUUCAAAGCUGAAUUCUGUUUGUCUGUUUCCUGUUCUGAACUGGGUUUUCUCCAUCAGGGUUUUUGUUGUAGUUUUUUUCUCCUUGAUUUGGAGAAAGAAAAGGUAGAUAAAUGCAAAAAAUCCCCAAAUUUCGAAUGGAAGAAAAGAUAAAAAAGUUUCUGGGCUGGUGGGAAUAUCAGCCCUUUGAUGAUCCCUCGAUCGAAAUGGGUAUUUGCAUCUGGUUUUUUCUCAUCUGACUAAAGGUGUGGUUUUCGUCCUUGGAUGGAGGAUAUUCUUCGUUGAAGGAGGUUUGGACUGCAGCAGCUUGAUAUCUUUUUGGGUCUUAGGGGUUGUUAUUUUCUCUCUCAGUUAUGAUCAAACAGAUACUGGGGAAGCUCCCCCGCAAGCCAUCGAAAUCGGCAGAAAACCGUGAAUUGGGGGGAAAUGCUUCCAUGUCUUCAAAUGCUUCUACAAAUUCUAGAGGCAGCGGAAGCAGCGAGUCAAUGAGUAACCGAUCUGUGUACCCAAACAAUCCAGUCCUUCAAAGUGCGAAUUCUGGGUUGAGUCAUGGAAACAAACAGCCCCAGGCUGUUAGUUCGAAGCUGAAUGGGAAUUCUUCCACGUACGAGGCACUGCCUGGUUUCCGAGAUGUCCCUAGCUCCGAGAAGCAGGGCCUGUUUAUCAGGAAGUUGAAUUUAUGCUGUGUUGUGUUCGAUUUCACCGACCCGACGAAGAACCUGAAAGAAAAGGACAUCAAACGACAGACACUGUUAGAGCUUGUGGACUAUGUUACAUCUGCAAAUGGGAAGUUCACAGAAAAUGUCAUGCAAGAAAUCACAAAGAUGGUGUCCAUGAAUUUGUUUAGGACACUCACUUCUCCUCCACGUGAGAACAAAGCUUUAGAAGCAUUUGAUUUGGAAGAGGAGGAACCUCUGAUGGACCCAGCAUGGCCCCACUUGCAAAUCAUCUACGAGUUCCUUUUAAGGUUUGUUGCGUCGCCUGAGACAGAUGCAAAGUUGGCCAAGAGAUACAUUGACCAUUCUUUCGUUCUUAGGUUGCUCGAUCUCUUUGACUCUGAAGACCCUAGAGAAAGGGAGUACUUGAAAACAAUUCUUCAUCGUGUAUAUGGGAAGUUUAUGGUGCACCGCCCGUUCAUCAGGAAAGCCAUCAAUAACAUCUUCUACCGUUUUAUUUUUGAAACAGAAAAGCAUAAUGGGAUUGCUGAGCUGUUAGAGAUUUUGGGCAGUAUAAUUAAUGGGUUUGCCUUGCCCCUGAAAGAGGAGCACAAAUUGUUCCUUGUACGUGCACUGAUUCCUCUCCACAAACCAAAGGGCAUUCCCAUGUACCAUCAACAGUUAUCGUACUGCAUCACACAAUUUGUUGAGAAAGAUUGCAAGCUUGCUGACACUGUUAUCAGGGGUUUAUUGAAAUACUGGCCAGUCACAAAUAGUUCGAAAGAAGUCAUGUUCUUAGGAGAGCUAGAGGAAGUUUUGGAGGCAACCCAGCCUGCAGAAUUCCAGCGUUGCAUGGUGCCCUUGUUCCGCCAGAUUGCUCGUUGCUUGAGCAGUUCACACUUUCAGGUGGCAGAGAGGGCUUUGUUCCUUUGGAACAAUGAUCAUGUUGAGAGCUUGAUUAAACAAAACCGGAAAGUCAUAUUGCCUAUCAUCUUCCCUGCUCUGGAGAAAAAUACAAGGAACCAUUGGAACCAGGCAGUUCAAAGCCUGACCCUGAAUGUCCGUAAGAUUUUCUCCGACUUUGAUUCAGAGCUGUUUGAAGAGUGCUUACUCAAGUUCCAGGAAGAUGAAGCCAAAGAGAAGGAGAUCAAAUCGAAACGUGAAGCCACAUGGAAGCGCUUGGAGGAGAUUGCUGCAUCAAAAGCUGCAAGUACUGAAGCCGUGCUCGUUCCCCGCUUGACGUCAAAUCACACUUCUCCAGGCUAAACUGAGACUGCCUUGAGAUCUUGACACUGAAUCCUUCGAUGGAUGUGAAAUUUGUGAAAUGGCUAUCAUGAUUUCAGGAGGUGGAAUGCUAAUGGAUUAUACUCUUUCAUGCUCACUGCAUUACUUGUGAUUGUUUUUGGGUUGUCAGAUCCCACAGGUUCAAGAACGCUGUACAGGGAAUGAACUAGCCCCACUUUCCGGUUUUAUACAUAGGGAAUGUAUGUAUAUAUGGGUAUAGCGAAGUAUGCAAUUAAAGAUGGCAUGGAUUGAAGCAACUGGGGUUUAUCAUAGAACCAAGUCAUCGUGGAUUUUCAGUUAUGUUUGAAAAUGAUAAUGAGCCUGAACUCACAGGUAUCAUCUAUCUUCCCAUUCAUCCUUAUCUGAAUUUGGUUUGAAUUUGUUUAUGGAGAUUAAUCAAAGCAUUUGUGUACUA